AUGCUCUCGGGGGUUCUCAUAUUUAAUCAGAAGGGCGAAAACCUCAUUUUUCGCGCCUUCCGCAACGAUUGUCGUCCGAGACUAGCCGACAUCUUCCGCAUUCAAGUCAUCUCCAAUCCCCAGGUGCGCUCGCCGAUCCUGACCUUGGGCUCGACGACCUUUAGCCAUGUCAAGCACGAAAACAUCUAUUUGGUAGCUGUCACCAAGAGCAAUGCCAAUGCCGCAUUGGUUUUUGAGUUCCUGUACCGGCUGGUCAUGCUGGGCAAGAGCUAUUUUGGGAAGUUAGACGAGGAAGCCGUGAAGAACAACUUCGUCCUGAUUUACGAACUGCUUGAUGCCGGUGAACCAGAAAUUCUCGACUUCGGAUACCCCCAGAACACCGAUCCAGAUACCCUGAAAAUGUACAUCACAACGGAAGGCGUCAAAUCCGCCAUCGCCAAUUCCUCAACAGACUCCUCCCGAAUCACCCAACAAGCGACAGGCGCUCUUUCCUGGCGCCGUUCCGACAUAAAAUACCGCAAAAACGAAGCCUUCGUCGACGUAAUCGAAGACGUGAACCUCCUGAUGUCCGCAACAGGCACCGUCCUCCGCGCCGAUGUCAACGGCCAGAUUGUCAUGCGCGCCUACCUAAGCGGCACGCCCGAAUGCAAAUUUGGCCUGAACGACCGACUCCUCCUAGACACCGGCGAGACCUCCAGCAACACGAACAACCCGGGCGAGGGUAACGGACUCAGCACAUCCAGGGCCACGCGCGCUGCGGCAGGCUCCGUCACGCUGGAAGACUGCCAGUUCCACCAGUGUGUGAAACUGGGUCGGUUCGACGCAGACCGCAUCAUCUCCUUCGUGCCGCCGGACGGCGAGUUCGAGCUGAUGCGCUACCGCGCAACCGAGAACGUCAACUUGCCUUUCAAGGUGCAUCCGAUUGUGCGCGAGAUCGGUACCACAAAGGUUGAAUAUAGCGUUGCCAUCAAGGCGAAUUACAGCUCCAAGCUUUUCGCUACCAAUGUUGUUAUUCGUAUCCCCACGCCGCUUAAUACUGCCAAGACGACGGAGCGCACCAGCCAGGGCCGCGCCAAGUAUGAGCCCGAGCAGAACAAUAUCGUUUGGAAGAUUGCGCGUUUCUCUGGACAGUCGGAGUAUGUGCUUAAUGCUGAGGCAACGCUUACGACCAUGACGCAUCAGAAAGCUUGGAGUCGUCCGCCGUUAAGUAUUUCGUUUAGUUUGCUUAUGUUUACCUCUUCGGGUUUGCUGGUACGCUAUCUGAAGGUCUUUGAGAAGAGUAACUACAGCUCUGUCAAGUGGGUGCGCUAUAUGACUCGCGCCGGCAGCUAUGAGAUUCGAUUCUGA